CGUAGGAAAAUCUGCAGGAACUGUAAAUGUGGGCUGACGGAGCACAACGUGCAGAUGAUCUCUGAGGAGAACAAGAAGGUGGGGAAGCUGUUCGAGGACACCAAGUACACCGGCCUGAUCGCCAAGCUGAAGACGGACGGCGUCCCCAGCUACCGCGGCAACAUGGUGACCAUCUCCAUGCCCAGCAGCGGCACCGCGUACAUCGUGCCGCCCGGUGCCUCCUCUUCUUCUGUGGUGCGUCCGCCUGCCACCGCUGGUUCUAUGCAGCCAGCAGGGGGCGCUGCAGGUCCAGCAGGGGGCGCUGCAGGUCCAGCAAGGGGCGCUGCAGGUCCAGCAGGGGGUGCUGCAGGUCCAGCAAGGGGCGCUGCAGGUUCAUCAGGGGGUGUUCGUCCUCCAGCAGGGGGCGCUGCAGGUCCAGCAGGGGGUGUUCGUCCUCCAGCAGCCAGCCUCACGCCCCUGAAGGCCAACAGAGUGCCCGUCACUGUCAGCCUCGCCUCAGCCAACACGGUGCCCAGAGACGUGCCCAUGAUGUCCGUCACCUACGAGUGGGCUCCACCUGUCGCCAAUAAGUACCUGGCGGCGCGGUACAUCGAGCUGCUUCCCGCAGAGAAGCGUCCGGUGGCCGGUACCGAGGGAGCCGUGUACCGCCGGCAGCAGAUGGCCCGCCAGCUGCCAGAACACGACCAGGACCCGGCCCAGUGCCACGAGUUGAGCCCCGCCGAGGUCAAGCAGAUGCAGCAGUUCGUCAGAAAGUACAAGGACGAGGCGUUGGGCGUGGCAGACGUCAUCCUGCCCGAGGAGAUGGCUCUGGUUCGGGCCGGGGGAGGAGCUGGAGGGGCUCACGGUGCUGGAGGGGCCGGGUAUGGACCGGGAGGAGUGGGGGCCGGAGCUGGAGGUCCUGGAGCUGGUUAUGGUGCUGCAGCUGGUUAUGGAGCUGGUUAUGGGCCAGGGAAUGCAGGUCCUGGAGUUGGUGCUGGUUUUGGAGCUGGAGCAGGAGGUAGAGGAGCUGGUGCUCCUGGUUCUGCUGGUGCUCCCGGUGUUCCUGGUUCUGCUGGUUAUGCUGGUGUUCCUGGUUAUGCUGGUGCUACUGGUUAUGCUGGUGUUCCUGGUUCUGCUGGUGCUCCUGGUGUUCCUGGUGCUACUGGUUAUGCUGGUGUUCCUGGUUCUGCUGGUGCUCCUGGUGUUCAUGGUUCUGCUGGUGCUCCUGGUGUUCCUGGUUCUGCUGGUGCUCCCGGUGUUGCUGGUUAUGCUGGAUAUGCUGGUGUUCCCGGUUCUGCUGGUAUUGCUGGUGUUCCUGGUUCUGCCGCUGUUCUUGGUUAUGCUGAGGUUUCUGGUGUUCCCGGUGUUCCUGGUUAUGCUGGAUAUGCUGGUGCUCCUGGUUCUACUGGUGCUCCCGGUGUUCCUGGUUAUGCUGGAUAUGCUGGCGUUCCUGGUGCUCCUGGUUCUGCUGGUGCUCCCGGUGUUCCUGGAUAUGCUGGUGUUGCCGGUGUUCCUGGUUCUGGUGUUGCUGGUGCCCUCCCAGGGCCCGGCUCAGGAGCGAUGGGUGCUCCUGGAUCUCAGCAGGCUGGACUCCCACAGCAGGCCUUCACGUGCAAUCACUGCCAGCAGCCGAUGCGAGUUGGCGAGCCGGCGGUGUACGCAGAGCGCGCCGGAUACGAUAAGAUGUGGCACCCCGCCUGCUUCGUCUGCUGUAACUGCAGCGAGCUGCUGGUGGACAUGAUCUACUUCUGGAAGAAAGGCAAGCUGUACUGCGGACGCCACUACGGAGACAGCGAGAAGCCGCGCUGUGGAGGCUGUGAUGAG